AUGGCUCUAAUUGUCAAGAACAAGGUAGCUUUCAUUGAUGGUUCGAUUACUGCUUCUCCUACUAAUCAGCGUGUUCAUCAUACUGCUUGGCUCCGUGCCAAUAAUUUGGCACUUUCUUGGCUCAUGAAUUUUAUUUCUAAAGAUAUUAGAAAUAGUUUGCUUUAUGUAGCAUCUGCUGUAGAUCUCUGGAAUGAGUUAAAAACAAGAUAUUUGAGAAGUGAUGGCCCAAGGGUUUUUCACCUUGAAAAAUCUCUAAGUUCUAUAACUCAGGCUUCUUCAUCAAUCACUGAAUAUUUCAGUGCUUUCAAAACCUUAUGGGAUGAGUAUGUUAGCUAUAGGUCAUUCCCAACUUGCACUUGUGGAAAGAUGGCAUCAUGCACAUGCAAUCUUUUUGAUUUCUUACUACUUCGACAGCAAUCUGAUUAUGUGUUAAAGUUCUUGGUUGGGUUAAAUGAUUCCUAUGCUUCAGUCAGGAGUCAAUUACUUCUUGUUUUCCCAUUGCCAAGCAUGGCUAAAGUCUUUUCUUUACUGCUUCAAGAGGAAAGCCAAAGACAAUUAACCAAUUCUGUAUGCCAUGAAACCCAUGCCUUGUUAGUCAAACAGAAUACUCAACAAUUUGUUCAAUCAAAGUUCUCCAAAGACAAGCAAAAUAAGUCUUCUUUGUACUGCACUCACUGUGGAUAUAAUGGACAUACAGUGGAAAAAUGCUUCCAACUUCAUGGUUAUCCACCUAGUUGGACUGGACCUAAAGGAAAGCGAAAUCUUCCUACUACCCAUGCUUCCAUUUCAACUGGAGAGGUUUACAUUCAAAACAGUAAUGAGAAUCAAAAGUUUUCUUUAACUUCUAAGGAAUUUACUAAACUACUAGCACUUGCAAAUUCAAAUCCAUCCCCUACACCAGUUGUGAAUCUUGUUACUUCUCAAUUCUCUGAUCCUGAUCCUGAUCCUGAUCCUGAUCCUUUAAGUUCUAUUCAUCCUGGACUUGAAUGA